AUGUCAAUAGGGAUCAGAAAAUCCAAUAAGAUCCGCCACAUUGUGAGAAUCCGGCAGAUGCUCCUGCAGUGGCGGAGGAAAGCGGCGGCGUGUUCGUCAGCCCAUGGAAGCGGCGGCGUUGUUCCGGCGGACGUGCCGGAGGGACACGUGGCGAUCUGCGUGGGAAUUAGCAGUUACACGAGGUUCGUGGUUCGCGCCACGUACCUGAACCAUCCCAUUUUGAAGACGCUAUUGGCUCAGGCGGCCGAGGAAUACGGGUUCGCUCAUCAAGGCCCCCUCGCUAUUCCCUGCGAAGAAUCUUUGUUCCAGGAAAUUCUCCGUUUCAUUUCUCGACCCCGUUCCAGUAACUCCGUUAAGGUCGGUGAAUUUAACCGCUGCAAAUGCCUCGUCGGAUACCACAACGGUCUCGAUGUUUUCGCCGAAUCUCGCCCGUUGCUCCGUACGUGAAUACACCGGCGGCGAAUAAGCUCCGAUCCGCCGCUCCGGCGAGUCCAAUUCGAAAUUCUAAAUUUCUCUGAUUAUUAUAUUUUUGCUAAGGAGAUGGCAAAGCGGGUCAACUCAGUCAUCCCGAGUUCAAUUGGUUUACACAUGAUCGAAGAAAUCAUCUUUUUUCUAGUCCAUCCAUUGGACUGUAUGUGUGUAAUAGUAAUGUUUGAGGCUUUUCAGCCUUUUUUUCCGGUUCUACUCAAUCCGUAGGGCCGUGUAGUAUGUAUUUCUCUACUUUUCCCUUUUUGCCUUUCUCUUUUGUCGGUGAUUAUGGAAGCUAGCUUUGUAUAUGAUGAUCGAUUAAUCAAUAAUAGCUUGAUCGAGUGCAUGUGUUGAGUUAGGCUUAUGUUACUACGUUAAUGUUAACGUAGUAGUUGAUAGGGUUAAUGUCAUUAUCAAAGACAGCAAGAAUGAACUUGAAUAUGUUUUCCUGCC